AUGGAAGAUCCUGAUUUUCAAAGUAGUAAUCUUUGUACAACAGAGGACGCAUUUGAGAAGUUUCAGGCUGUAACAAUGUACGAGGAAGAUGAAUUUAUUACACUCUCAGAUAUAAUAUCACCUCCGCAUACAAAUCCUGAUCAAGAUGUGUCUGAAAUACUAAAUGAUGUUCAAAUUGAUGAAGUUCCUAUGUCAAUACAAGAUGAGAAAACAGAAAACAACAGUAAAGUACCACUUGCAUCAAAUCAGGCGCCCCAUGCUGCUCUUCAAACCAAUAACUCAGAGGAUACAACUAAAAUUAGUGCUCCAAAAAGAAGAGGACGAAAAAAACGAGUGCCUGUUGAAAAUAGUAACACACAACCAAUCCUGACUCCAAGUGAAUUAAAUAAGACCAAAACUAAAAGACGAAGCAGAAAGCAGCAGAGUCCAAAAGAAAGUGCUUUAAGUGAAGACCUAAUUAGUGACAAACAGUAUACUGAGUGUAACAGUGAUGACAUUAAAGAAACAAAACAUGUUUCUACAAAAGUUCCUGCAAAUAGUGCUAAAAGAAAAUCUCAGUAUUCUCUUGCUGAAAAAGAAGAAACGAAUACCUACAAAAAAAUGUAUAAAAAAGGUAAACGGGGAAGAAAGCCAAAGCAUAACAAAGAAGAGGAAGAGUUAAAUGAGGAAAAAAAUAGCACAAUAUGUAAUAUAACCAUUGAAAAUAAAGACAUUGGGACAAAAAUCUCCCUAAUUGCAAUGAAAAAUAAGCAAAAGAAGGGCAGAAAACAAUAUAGGCUGAACAAUAAAAGUAUUGUAUCGCCGGAUAUCGACACACCACAAUGUGAAGAUAAGCUAUCAACGAAAAUAAGCAUAUCCAAAGAAUCCAAUGAAAAUAAAGAGUCUGAUCCACCAGAUAGUUUCACUUCUAACAUGUCUUCAGAAUGUGAUGUAACCAAAAAUUCUGGUGAUACUAAUAAUAGGAAAGAUGACACCAUUAUCAAUAAUCAAAAUGAACAUACAGACAAAAAUGAUAUUACAGAGGAAGAUAUGGAAGAAAUACCUUUGAGCAAUUUAAGCAGAAAUUCAGAAAAUAAUUCAAACAAAAAUGUUCAAUCAAAAACAGUGACUAAACCAAAGAAUUCAAAAGAUUUGGGUAUGGACUCUAAAGUUGCAAACACUCAAAACACGGUAACACCGGUUAAAAAGCGAGGCAGACCUAGAAAAGUUAUAAACAGAUCACCUACAAAAAUGUUAUUAGAGGAAAAAAGGAUACCAGAUGAUGAAAAUAUGAAAUGUGAUAAAAAUAAUGUCAACCUUCAGCAAAACCAAAACAAUUAUGAUGGUUCUAAAGCAAAUUGUGAGAUAGAAAGUGACCUUCCCCAAAACAGUGAUGAAAAUAUAAAAGAAAUUAAUAAUGAUGACAUUGUCAACACAAACACUGAAAUCUCUGAACCUCAGCUUAGUUCAAUGAAACUUAAUUCAUCAGAUUCUCAGGAUAAUGGUAUGGAGAAAGACACACCUGAAGACAAUUCAAUCACAGAACCUACUGAAACUAAUGAGAAUAUUACUGAGGAUUCAUCUAGAAGACCGGUACGAAGAAGAGUGUUAAAGACUUGGAACUACGACGAGGGGUCGGAUGAAGAUCCUUAUGCUAACAUGGAAUCAUCUGAUGAUGAACCACGAAGAAGGAAAAAGGGGGGCAGAUAUUAUUCUGAUGAUGAAUAUUUUCCUGGAGACAAGCGACAAUUAACUGAAACUGAGAGUGACAAUGCUAUGGAUGAAGAUGAACUCGGUCUAGAAGAGCCUAGGAAACAAAAAAAGAAGAAAAAUAAAAAGCUAGAUACAAGCAAUAAAAGCCCCAGAAAGAGAGUUAGGAAAAGUGACGCUGAAAGUACUUGCCCUACAGAAAAAACUACCACCAACACAGAUUCAAGGGAUGUGGACUUUGAAAAUUGUUCAGAUAGUUUAACCAUUCAAGACAAUGGCGAUUUAAGUGCAGCAACAAAACCUAAAAGAAAAAACAAGUCGCAGGGUGAAACAAGUGAAUUCGCGAAUUUUAUUGCAAAAAUCGUACAAGGAACAGACAUUAAAAUAAGCAAGAAGUCAGUAGACGACGUAAAAACUCCGUUACAAAUUCCAGUACUUGACGCAAAUGAUGUAAAUAAAAGUGUAGACAAAUGUUCACAAACAAGAAUUACCAAAACUAAGUCUGAGAGUGCUCAAACUGACACCUUAUAUGAAAUACCAAUGAAGGAACAAGUGCCACUUACCGCGGAACAGUCAGAAAAAGCUUGUGACUUUUUAUCAAGCAUAGUGCAAACAACAGCAGAAUUAGGACAAUUAAUGACACAGAAAUCAAAUGAUUUUAUUAACAAAAAAAUUAAUACCAGAUAUGUGACAGAUACAUUCAAAAUGGAUUAUUGUGUUAAGAAAUCAUUUCUUUUGUUUAAGCUUGCCAAACAUAAUUUGGUUCAAAUGGAAGAGGAUUUAUCUAAGCAAUAUGAGGUAUUUUUAAAAGAAAAUAAUUUAAUACAACACCGAGAGGAGCCUAAAAUUAUUACAUCCACAUCUAAAGCUAGUGACAGUGAUUGUGAAAUAGUUGAAGAACCAAUUGCGACGAAAGCUCCCGUAAAAGCUGCUUUUAAUCUGAAAACUGUUUUCUUAAAUAAAGAAUUGUCCAUAAAAAUUGCGAAAAAACCCAGUGAAGAGCCCCCACCUAAAAAGAAACUUAAUAUAAAGGGAAGGAGCAGUGUUUGGAUAAAUGAUUCUGUUGUGGUGAAAAAAAUUAAACCUAAUCAGUCUUUUUUAGCCCAGGACAGCCGAAAUAAAAAACCUCCUGAUUGUAAGAUCACAUUAGAAAUGGUAAAUAAUUUUUUUAGGAAUUAUGAACGUCAACAGGCAUUGCUUCUUUGUGCUCCUUAUAUAAAAACUGAAUGGUUCGGUAGGGAGAAAAAAUACAUAUGUAAUUAUUUUGUUGACAGUACAAUAGACUUCCCAGAGAAGACAGUCAUCAUACAAAACGAGAAUAUACCGCCGGAAAUAGCUUUGAUAGAGACAAACGAAUCCAACCAUUUGACGGCUAGUUCUAGAUAUCUACCAAAACAUACUUAUUUAUGUCCAGAGACAUUGACGUCACUUUGCACUAAAGUUUUACAAAAUUGUCUUCAUUCAAAGCAAAAUUACAAUUCUAUUGAUGGCAGACAAAAAGAUCUCAACCGACAUAAAAAUGUAAGGGAAAAUUCAAAUAACUUAAACUUUCAUAAUUUUGAAGGAAUAGCUAUAGUAAAUGAUAUUAACAGAAAUGUCUUAGUAUUGAAAAAUAAUUGUUUUGAAUCAGUAAGUGUACAGCCUCUUAAAACUCUUUGUUUUAAAAGAGUUUUGAAGCUCAUGAGCAAGGACAACAUGAAUGGUGCUCAAUCAAAGCAGUCCCUCGGUGAAUAUGAAAGUGAAAAGUCAUCUAAUAUAGUAAAAAAAACUCAAAUUGAAGAGCAAUUGAAGCCUUUGUUCUCGCUGUGUUUUAAAAAAGUAGAAGAAAUGCAUAAAAAUUGCAUGUUUCCAAAUAUUACUUAUAAGCCAGAAGCUUUAAAAACUAUAACCCUAUCAGCAAUACAAAGGUUACUAAAUGAAAGUAGUAAAACUAUUGACCAACAUUUAGUUAAGAACAUAUGCCAUGAAACCAAACCCCUUUUUAUGGAGAGAAAUUGUUACAAGAUAAAAACUUUACUUCAGAUGUGCCUAGAAGUCAUAGAUCCUUAUCUGACAUACAGCAAUUACAACAAAAAACCUUUUAAUGAAUCAUCCAAACAAAUUCAAGAUAUAAAUAUCGAAGAACCAAAGUACCAAGUAAAAUCUCUAUUACAACUGUGCAAAGAAAAAUUGGAUAUUGUUUUAGAUAAAAGCACCAACAAAGAAAAAACUGAUCUCAUACCUAAAGAAUGUGACAAUUUCAAAUUAGAAAAAAGCUCUUCUAAAGUCAAAACUUUGUCUCAAUUAUCGAUACAAAUAUUGAACGAUCUUUUAAACAAACAUAUUAAAGUUAAAACAUUCUUGAAAUUGUGCCCGGAAGAGAAAAACUGUGACAUGGCAGAAACCAUUAAUAAUUUACGAGAACAAAAUAAAAAUUUCAAAUUAGAAAAUAACUGUUGCGAAUUAAAAAUUAAAGUCAAAACAUCGUCCGAACCAUGUAAAGAAAGCUCAGAAGAAAGAAAUUAUGUAUCCAAAACUCAGUUUAUUUCUUCAAUGAAAAAUGAGGAUGAAAAAUUGAAAACCAAAUGCAAUCUUAACCAAAGUUCCCUUUUAUUAUUCAACGAAUCUAGUAAUAACACAUUAGAAAAAAAUAACAAAACAGAAAAUGACGAAGAAACGCGAAUAAAUAUUGUCAAAAGUUUGAAAUCAUUGUGCUAUGAUAAAAUAUUAGAAUCCGGUAACGAAUGUCUUGAAGAUAAUAGUAAACAGUGUGAGACAAAUUUAAAUAUAACAAUAAACAAUGUGAAUACAGUAUCAGAAGAUAUAUUUUCGAUGGCUAAUGAGGAUGAGUUAGAUGAUGAUUUUUAUGAUGACAAUUUUCCAGAAGCUAGAUACCCAAUCGAAAAUGAAGAAUGCCCAGGGGUUGAACGUGAAGAACAUUAUGAAGAUAUAGAAGAUGUUAAUAAUUGGGAGUCGCAAGUUAAGAUGGAAUUGCGUUCAUGUUUAGAUUCUACGAGUUAUAACGAAAGCGGAAACCAAGAUCAGAAUCCAUUACCAGUAAGAAUUAAAGUUGAGCCUUUAGACGAUGUGUCAGAGAAUAUUGUUGAUUCAACAAACAUAAAAACAGAACCAACAUGUGAUCAAGAAUGUAUGGAUGAAGGCGAAAAUUUCUGUAACUCCAAUAUAAUGCCAAAAGUAGAAAAUGUGGUUAAACCAGAAAUUAGAAAUGAACACACAUUUCAUAGAAGAACCAGUUACGAUGAAGAUGUUUUUGAAGCGUUUGUGAGUUCAAAUAAAAUGAUGGCUAAUUUAAACAGCUAUGGCAGUACGAGCAGUGAAAUUUUUAGUCAAAGUUCCCAACGGAUCCGUAGACAACACGAACCGGACUCGGAUGGUGACAUUGACGCUUUCAACGAUUCUUUAAAUUUACUUGUUCCUCAAAAUGUCGCUAAAUCUAAAGUAAGACUGUUGGAAAGUAGUUCCGAAGAAAAAGAUGAAGAAGAUUCUAGAAAAAAUGACAAGAAGAAAAAUGAAAAACGAAAGUGUAAGUUGAAAAAGUCAAGUAAAGAUCUUCAAUGUAAAACUAAAACAGCAUUAAAUGACGAUGUAGCCGUUAUAACAAAACAAUUAAGAGAUAAUAUAAGACAAGGACUAAAUAGAAAUGAAUCUUCCGACUCGGAAUCUGAUGAUUUUGAUUUUAAAACAAAGCAGGAGAAGCCAAAACCAAGAAUUUCAGGAAGUGAAAAUGAGAAGCAAGAGGAAAAAGAAAUUCAGUGUAAUGAUGUCGACUCCACUGAAUUUAUAAGCGAAAAGAAAUGUAGCGAAACACAAUAUGAAGACCCGUAUGAAGAAAACGGCCAAGACUUAGCCGAUACUAGGCCGUUGUCCCCGCACAGUGAUUCCAACCAACCUAAUAAGAAUUUGAAAGGUGAAUCGUUUCGUUCGGCAUCUACAGAGUCUGCUACUAAAAAUAUUAAAAACGAUACUAAUACAUCAGAAAUAUCGGAGAUAAAACCAUAUCUGGAACGGCAUGGAUGGAAAUGUUACUCCAUUGAUAGUAAAGAUGAAAAAAUUUACGAACAAACGUAUGUAAUACUAGAUAAACUACCGGAAUCCUUUGUAAAAACAUCUUUCCAAUAUCAAGAUCUCCCGGAUCAGGACAGAAGAGCGGAAGACCUAGACUUUGACAGAUUAACCAAUCUGAAGACGCUUCAAAGAGUUCGGAAAAUUGGAAAUAAAGAAGAUGUUGGUCGUCCGCCUACAACGAACGUUACACGAACGAAGUUAAAUAGUAAAUUGAUUAAGAAAUCAAAUUUGUCCCAGGAUAACGAGUCUAUUGAAAGUACUAUAAAACAUGAACCUUGUAAUGAACUGAUUCCAUCCGAAGAUGAGUCCGAAACAUUAAGACAGCAAUUUUCAUCCGUUCCAACACAGAGCUCUGAAAAUAAUUUUGCUAAGGAUCUGCUCAUGGACGAUGGCAGUAAUAGUGAUAAUGAAAAACCACUUGAAACGAAAGAUAUUAAGGAGGAAUUGAAGACAGAAGAACAAACAUACACAACGAGAUCCGGCAGAACAGUCAAAUGUAAGAUUGAAACAGAUGAACUGAGGCAGAAAGAUGAAUUGAUGCUCACAGCUGACAAGAUGAUGAAUAAAGAACUAGCCUUACUACACGCGCCCGUCACACUCAAACACGAGGACUGUCAAGAAGAUUCUAAAGAGUUUAAAGAAAAAUGUCAUAAUAAAUCUCAGAAGAACACCUCCAAAGCUCAGCUCACCCGACAUAGAAUCGAAUCCGAAGACGAUUCAUCUUCAGAAGAACAGAAGCAGUGGUUCACGACUAAAGAGAAACUCCUUAAAAGACUGUCUAAAAAGAACGACGACACUGAUAUCGAUGAUGCCAAACGUGCUAAGAUCGUUAACGAGUUCAUCGAGAAGCGAGGAGAGAUGCCCGAAACAAGACCACGGAUACGGAACAAAAGAAGAAGCAACAAAAACAAAAUCAAUGAGAGGCGAAAACAACUGAAAGUACUGUCUAGAGAGCUUUUCGGUGUUGACUCGGGGUAUACAAAAAAAUAUUCACAAGCAAAUACAAGCAAAGGGCGCCGGAAUAUUAGAAAGGUGAAAGACAAGAAAUUGUUAGCACGUAGCACUGUUGUAGCAAACAUGGCGGAGUUCGAGCGUAAACGAAGGCUGAGCAUACGUCAGGCACAACUACGAGAGGUGUUGGGUUGUGAGGAAGACGUUCGUGUCGUUGUGAUCAAUGACGAGCUGUGUCUGGAGUAUGACUUCUACGCCAAGAGGCCUGUUGUCAGCGUGCAUCCAUUCUUCACUAAAGUCAUGAAGGCACAUCAGUAUGAAGGUGUAAAGUUCAUGUGGGACGCGUGCUUCGAGACCGUAGCGAUGACGUCAUCGGGCGUUGGAGGAGGGGGCUGCAUACUGGCUCACUGUAUGGGGCUCGGGAAGACGCUGCAAGUGUUGGCGUUGUUACACACGGUGUUGACUCACCCACAGCUGGGCAUGCGGCGUGUGUUGGUCUGUUGUCCCUUAUCCACUGUCCUCAACUGGGUGGACGAAAUACACAAGUGGAUCGGACCGGUCACCAAUCAGAUCAAGGUAUUUGAAUUGUCUAAACUGAAAAAGACUUACGAACGGGCAUAUCAAUUGGAGGACUGGUAUAAUGGAGGUGGUAUUUUUAUCAUUGGAUACGAACUAUUUAGGAGUCUGAGUACUUUGGACCAUGUUCUUGACGGCGUAAGACCCAAAAUCCUGAACAAAAUUCGCACAGCGCUGUUGGAUCCUGGUCCAGACAUCAUAGUUUGCGAUGAAGGACAUUUGUUGAAGAACGACUGCUCUAUACUGGCCGUAGCCAUGAGUAGAGUGGUCACUAAGAGACGUAUUGUACUCACGGGCACGCCGAUGCAGAAUAAUCUCAGAGAAUAUUACUGCAUGGUGAAUUUCGUUAAACCGAAUCUAUUAGGAUCUUACUCGGAAUACUCAAACAGAUUUGAGAAUCCAAUUAUGAACGGGCAGCACAGGGAUUCGAGUGAGGAAGAUAUAAAAUUGAUGAAGGCUCGCACACAUAUUCUUCACAAAGUUUUAGAAGGGUGUCUGCAGCGUCAAGAGGCGUCCGUACUUUAUCCGUACUUGCCGAAGAAAUAUGAGUACACCGUGUUCAUAUCACUGACGAAGUGCCAGUGGGAACUUUACAAACAUUAUCUGACGAAUUGCGCGAAGGACACGAAGCAAAGUGUGCUUAAGGAUUUCCACGUGCUACAGAAAGUAUGGACGCAUCCUCAGGUGCUGCAUAACUUCUUGACGAAGACGCGCGCCGACGACAAGGAAACAAAAGUUAAAGUGGAGAAGUUGGAGGAUGACCUUGAAGAGUCUCCCGAGCACGUGGCGGCGGCGGCCGAGUGGUUUGCUCGCACGCAGCACAGCCACGAGCUGAACGAACUGGACUCCUCCAACAAAUUCCUGGUGGUGUUCAGACUGCUGCACGAGUGUGUACAGCUCGGGGAUAAAGUGUUAAUAUUUUCAACGUCUCUGUACACUAUGGACGCGCUGGAGUUCUUCCUCCGACGUGACAACAAGUGGUCGUUAGGUCGCGACUACUACAGGUUGGAUGGUUCCGUACCGGCGGAGGUCAGGCAGAAGUGGUGCCGGGAGUUCAACGCGCCUCAUAACACACACACCAAAUUGUUCCUGAUGUCUACACGAGCCGGGAGCCUGGGCCUCAACAUGACGGCGGCCAACCGAGUCAUCAUCAUGGACACGUCGUGGAACCCCGCACACGACAUGCAGAGCAUCUUCAGGGUCUACCGCUUCGGACAGAAGAAGGACUGCUAUAUAUACAGGCUGGUGGCUAUGGGAACAAUGGAACAGAAGAUAUAUGAAAGAUCAGUGACGAAACAAGCGGUCGCCUGUCGGGUAGUAGACGAACAGCAGAUAGAGAGACAUUAUAAUAUGGCGGAGUUGUCGGAGUUGUACAGACUGGACGAGGAUGGGUCGGGAGUGUGCGCGGGGCUGGCGGCGGGUGUGAGGGACGCAGCCCUUCUGCGUGUGGCGGCGCAGGGCGGGGCCGCACUGCACGCGGUGCACGAACACGACUCACUGCUGCGGGGCUCCAGUGACAGCGUGCUGCCCGAACACGAGAGGAACGCUGCGUGGAUGCAGUUCCAACAGGAGCACGGGACCACACACAUUCAAAAUGUUGAAAUAAAUGUUCCCAUAAAAAACGAAGAGGACUUAACAAACCAACCGAUAGAAGAGGAAGGGAAUGAAAAGGAUGGUGAACCAAUACCCGCUCACAACGACACUAACAAGAAGACAAAUAAAAAGAAAACAAAAACUAAAAAACAGGAACCGCAGCCGUCCACCAGUCAACAGGAAUUGAAUCCGGAACUAGAAGGAGCUAUGAUAAAGAAAAUUAUGAACAUCUUGAUUCAACACAAUUUUCAUACUAUGAAAACACUCCAAGAAAUAUCUGAAUUAGUAAAAAAUGUGCGCGAUGUUGUAGCAAAUUCUCCGAAGAACGGUCUCCAACAUGUAGACCCCUUAAUCGCGAGUAUUGCACGAGUAUUGAUAGAGGCUGAUAAUAAACCCUUACAAGAUAACGUGAAAAAUGAACAUGUUGAUGACAAUGGUGAUAAAAGUUCCGAUGAUACAGACAUUACGCUCACAGAAAGAAAACGACGGAAGAAACGACGAGACUCAGAUGAAGAAUACACGCCCGACACGAGAAAACGAAAAACAUAUAUAAGGAUAAAGAAACAGAAUGAUUCAUGUAAUACAAAAACAACUAACGACUCUACUGAAAAUACGGUAACCGAAAAUACAGGUGACACUGGAUGCGAUAUGCCGAUAUUAAAAGGUUAUUUGGACGAUAAUUCAAAAGAAGCAGAUAUAUCACACAAAACAUUUGAACCUUCUAAGGAAGAUUCCGAUGUAGACAAAGUUUUUAUACAAGUUGAUGACUAUGAAGAAAACACAGAACGGAAUAAAAUAAAUACACAGGUUGAUAAAGAAAAGGAGAUGCACAAUGAGAUAAAUGAAAUAGAAGAAGAUGACUCAUCGAACGAAUGUAUAGAAGUUAUUGAUGACUGUGAUAAUAAUGACGUUAACACCGAAGGUACAAGUGAGGCAAUUAACGAGAAAGAACCGAUUGAGAGCAAAGAAUCAAUAGUAAAAAAAUCAUUGAAAAACCAUGAGCAAAAGACAAAAAAGCAACCAUCGACGGAAAAAUCAACAGUAAUUAAAAAAGAAAGUACAAAAAAGCUGAUAAAUAAUCAACAUAAGGAAAAAACAUUAUCGAAAAAACUCUUAAAACAACAAGAUACAACAAAAAAACCAACGUCGACUAAAGAGUCAGUCGCAAGCGUGGAAUCAAAAAAUAAAGAAGAACCGAAAAAGAAAAGUAAAAAUAAACAGCCUAUAAAAUUAUAUCGAAACAAAGUUCUAGCAAAUAAAGACGCUAUAUCAAAUGAGAGCAUUAUACUAAGUGAUGAUGACGAACCUGUUAUAACAGAACUGAUAACACAGAAACUAUCGCAAGGACAUCAAAGUGUAAAGAAAACUUCUGAGAAGCAGACGCAAGGAAAUCAAAAUGUACAGAAAAGUUCUGAGAGGCAGACGCAAGGAAAUCAAAAUGUACAGAAAAGUUCAGGGAGGCAGACGCAAGGAAAUAAAAAUGUACAUAAAAGUUCUGAGAGGCAGACGCAAGGAAAUGAAAAGGUACAGAAAACUUCUGAGACGCAGACGCUAGGAAAUCAAAAUGUACUGAAAAGUUCUCAGAGGCAGACAGAAGGAAAUCAAAAUGUACAGAAAAGUUCUGAGACGCAGACGCAAGGAAAUCAAAAUGUACAGAAAAGUUCUGAGACGCAGACGCAAGGAAAUGAAAAUGUACAGAAAAGUUCUGAGAGGCAGACGCAAGGAAAUGAAAAUGUACAGAAAAGUUCUGAGAUGCAGACGCAAGGAAAUCAAAAUGUACUGAAAAGUUCUGAGAGGCAGACAGAAGGAAAUCAAAAUGUACAAAAAAGUUCUAAGGCGAAGUCGAUACUGGAUGACGAACAACCGAUACCGUUACACGAAUCCGUAUUGACUAAUAAAAAUUUCAUAACACUAGUCGCGCGUACAUACCUCACUGGUAACCCGAUGUUAGACGAAGACGCUGCCACGCUCGCCGCACAGUACAGCACUCUGAAGGCUUUGAAGGAGGUUCAAGCUUCCGGAAACGGCUUGACUUCCGGACCCAUAUAUGAUAUUGCUCUUCAAAUAUUAGGAAAAGAUCUUAUUAAAAGAUUAAAUAACGCCAAUCCAAAAAUUAAUACUGCAGAAAAUUUUUUACAAAACACAGCUCAAUUACAAGAUCAUUUGAAAGGUAAAGAUGAUAAAGGACAGAAAAAUAAUGAAGAUAAAAAUAAAACUUUAUCUAAAAAAAUAACAGACGAGCAGAAAAAUACGAAUGAAUUGACUGACGUUGCUGAAGAGGUGGCUUCGAGCAAACAGUCGGAAACAUCGGCUAAAGUUGUUCCUGUAGGAAUUUUUAAAGGUCCUGCAGCGGCUUCGAACCAGGUGCCAUCUGAGGAGGAAAGCAUUUUGCCGGACGAAGAUGAAGUUAUACUAUCAUCGUCUCCUAUCUCUACUCCUAAAAGAUACGUUCGAAAGAACUCCAAAGAACUGAUCGUUACAGCUGUGUCUUCAGAGGAGGCGCGUGUUCAAGAAAUGACACCUACAUCUUUAGAAGAAUCACGACCAGACCAGACACAAAGUCAGAAAGUCAAAACAACGGCACCUUCAACUACAUCGAAUAUCGAAGCUGACCAAAAUAAAAAUGAUUCACCAGCAAAGAAAAAUACCACGAAAGAUCGAAUACAGACAGAAGUGGAACAGAAUAAUAAGAAAGAUGUGCCAUCACAGGCAUCCAGUGAAACGAUAUGUUUGGACAGCGAUGAUGACGAUCAAGAUAAAACACAAGAGAAAAUGGUUUUCAAAUCUUCAAAUUCUCGCACCUUAAUAAUAAGACCGACAGACAAGAAGCGGACAGGCAGUGAGAGCAAGUCGAAAAACAUUUUAGUGUUACAAAAAUCGGGUAACAAAACUCUGCCACUUACAACAGUUGCAACAGCAGUAUGCAGCGAAAAACCCGUUAAGACCAGCUCUCAAUCGAAAGUAAAUAAUAAUACCCCGUCUGUGGUUACCAAAACGAAAUGCGAUGCGGGUGACAUUAUUCGCAUCAACGAAUCCGGUAAAGUGGAAAUUCUAAAACGAGUUAGACCAGCUGUUACUGCAAAAAACAAAGUUCCGACGGCAACUAGCGCUAGAAACAACGACAAUGGUACCAAGACAUCGCUGACAAGCACACCUUCAUCGAUCAAACCCCAAACAUCAGAUAAUCCGAAACAGAGUUUGUUUAAAGAAAGGUUAUUGAAAAUCCAACCGCCUGGUGGUAGGAGGAGGGAUGAAUCAGACCCACUCUCGGUGAUCAGGAAUGCGGUUUUCAUACCUGCUGUUACAGAUGAGAAGACUAAACAGACUAUCGACAAUAUAAGUAAAUAUACAUCGCGCCACCCACCAAAAGUACCACUGAAAACCAAAUGUAACGAUAAUCAAGCCAGUAAGAUACCACAAGAAUCGUCUGAAAGAAAUUACAGUCAGGCGCCAAAGAUCUCUUGGAUAGAUGUGAACAAAGACGUCAUAGAUUUAACAGAUGUUAAUAGUCACCACUACGGAAAUAUAAAAACUUACACGAAAACUACUGUGGUUGACCUAGCUGGACCUUCUAACGCCACGGUUACAAAAAAAAUUGCCACAAUCACUAAACUAGACAAAGCAUCAAAAAGAGAAACAGUUACAUCGAAACCGAUUCAGUCACCCAGUAGCUCGAAAAGGUCUUCGUCCUGGACAGAGGGCGCCUCGAAAAAAUUAAAAGCCGAAAGCAAAAAACAAAUGACUCUCAGCGAUUUCAAUCUCGAUGAUUUUGAUGAUAUAAUUGAAUUGGAGUGA